AUGUCAUCGUCGUCGGACCCGGCGUCCAUCAUCGUGGCUGUCGCCGUGCCUCUAGUCGUGCUCCUCUUCAUCGGCAUCCUCUUGAGCAAGUCUAUCUACGUCGUCCAGCAGGCCGAAGGCACGUCCAUUCUCCGCCACCUGCGCAUUGUCAUUGAGCGCUUUGGCCGCGUCCAGGGCGUCCUCGACUCGGGCAUCCACUUUGUCAUCCCGUUCAUCGACUCGCCCCGGAGCUUUUCGUGGAAGCGCGUCGUCAAGUCCAACGGCCGCAUGGAGUCGCACGACACGCAAAACUACCGCAUCGAUUUGCGCGAAAGCAUCUUUAGCUUCCCGAGCCAAGAGGUCUACACGCGGGACACGAUCCUCCUCGACAUCAAUUCGAUCAUGUUUUUCCGCAUCGUCGACAUCAAAAAGGCCGUCUAUGAAGUCGACGAUCUCAACACAGCGAUCGCCAACGUCGCGCAGACGCAGCUCAAGGAGGUCUUCGGCAACAUGACCUUCACCGAGGCGCUUGCGUCCCAGAGCGUCAUCAACGCCCACAUCCAGCGCAGCUUUGGCGAGCGCUUUGCGCAGUGGGGCCUUGUGGUCGAGCGCAUGGAGGUGCUCGAUAUGCUCCCCAAGGCCGGCACGACCAUCUCGAACGCGAUGAAGCGCCAGAUGAUUGCCGAGCGCACGCGCCGCGCCGAGUUUAUCAUUGCCGAGGUCGGGCAAAAAGCGGCGAUGCGUCUCAUUUCCGAGGGCACAAAGCUUCAAAAGUACAACAUGGGUGUCGCCGAGCAAGAAGCCACGCGCAAGACGUCGGAGGGGCAGGCAGGCGCCAAGGUCGAGCUCGCACGGGCCGAGUCCAAGUCGCUCGAGCUCAUCGCAUCGGCGUUUUCGGCGGACGGCGCGUCGCAGACCGAGUACGUCAUUUCGCAGCGCUACAUGGAGAUGCUCCAGCGCAUGUCCGUGUCGCUCGACAAGAAGACUCUGUACUUCCCGUACGAGACCAAGGGCAUGUCGGGGCUCAUUGGCGACCUCCGCGGCGUCUACGGCUACUCGAAGACAGAGAAAAAGCAGCCGGCCAAGCGCGCGGUCCGCAUCUUUGACGCGCUCAACUAG